AUGCCUGGAAUGAAGCUGGACUUCCUCAAAAACACCGCGCAGCGCGUGGCGAUGGGGAAGUCGCUGCCACUGAAACAGGUGGAGGCCAUUGUGCUCUACGGGAAGCCGGCGCAGCGGGCCAAGGUGGUGCAGAAGCUCCUCCCAGCCGUCUACGGACUCUCUCUCAACAAGACGACACACCACAUUCUCCUGACGCUCUUGGACCACUGCGAGAACAUGGAUCGCGUAAACAUGCUCUACCACGUGCGUAGGAAGUUGCUGGACCUGGCCCAGUCGCCGGUUGGAAACUCAGUGCUGCAGCGCAUGCUGGAAAAGGUACCUGUGCGCCAGAAGAAGGAGAUCGCCGAGGCGUUCGUGCUGAACGUGGACGAGGACGAGUUCCGGCGUCUGUGCGAGCACCCGUUUGGCAACCACGUGGCGCAGAAGUUGAUGGAGGUGCCGGUGUGCGUCGACGUGGUGCUUCCACAUUUUCUACCGUACCUGACGAGCCUCAGUCUCCAUCCAUAUGGCAUGCGCGUGGUGGCCAAGUAUGUUGAGUGUGUCGCUGACGGGUGCAGCAAAACGAUUGAGGCACUCUUUCCGUCGUACGCGGAGGCGGACCCAGAAGGCGAUGAGGCUGCGGUGGCAGCCUCCAACGCGCUCGACAAGUCCGUUUUAGCCCUCUUCCGCUCCGCCGAGGAGUCGCUCGUGCUCACAGCGCUGGUGCGUCACAUUCGCACGCCGGUCGAGGUGAAGGACGCGAUUGCGGCACACGUGAGCGAGUUCGCGGCGGACUAUCUGCUGCCCGCCACGGCGCCGCUGGAAGGUCUGACGAAGAAACGCGGUGGCGAUGACGAGGAGUACGGGUUGCCCGACUUUGGCACUGGCUCGAUCUCUGUAAAAUCUGUAGCGGCCACCGACACCCCCGCCAAUGUCCAUGUCUACUGUGCGGUUCUCGAGCAUGGCGACGAUGUGCAACGCGCCGACGUGUGGUCUGCGCUCUCUGCAAACGCCGACAUCCUGCACGCCAUCACGCACACGAAGGGGGCUGUGCUCGUUGGCGUGGCAGCCGUGCGUUUUGUGGAGGCGGCGCGCAAGAGGCUGUUUGAUGCCAUGCUGUUGUCGACUCCUGCAGGUGCGCACUCCAACGGUAGCGACGCGGGGUCGAAUACGGUUGGUGCUGUGGAUACGGUUGCCACUUCGAGAGCCGACAAGAAGGGCCCCAAGAAAAAGAAGUCAGCGACGAGCGAUGGGGCGGAGCCAUCCAGCGACAAGGAUGCUGCCAGGAGCUCCAUUAUAGACGUUGCCACGGACCCGGUGCGGUCAAUUCUGCUGCGCGCCUUUGUUGAGGUCGCGCGCGACCUCAUACCGGAGAAGGAUACCCAGCUCCUUGUGCACCACGCUGUCACACUCGCGCAAAACUCGGUCAGCUCACCAGUGCUGCAGAAGCUGGUGGAGACCGACCUCACCGGCGGGUUUGCCAGCGCCAUCCUGGCGCUGCUGCUCAACUCUACCGAAUUCACGAGCCUCGUCACGCACCCCGCGGCGUCCUUCCUCUUGCAGUCGAUCCUUCAGUUUUCCCCGGAGGAGGUACGGGCGCCGUUGGUGGAGGUACUUUCGAGCUACUACGCGGCACACCUGCACGACUCUCUCUCGUACGCGCAGGGCUCGCGUGUGAUGCAGAAGCUGCUCGCCUAUGCCCCGGAUUCGACGGUGGUGCAGACGGUGAACCAGCUCCUCUCCGAGGCAACAAAGGAGGAGGAGAUGACUGAGGCAAAGUGCACCGACGGCAGCUGCCCUGACGCGGUGGCUGAGGAGGGUGCGGCCGAUACGGGGGAGAAGACAGAGGUGAAGAAGUUGAACCGCAAGGAGCAACGGGAGCUGAACCGGGCCAAGCACUACGAGGUUCUCUCUCAUGCACUUGUCUCCUACGCCUUGCACACGCACGCGUGCUAUGUCGUACAGACGCUGCUGCGCGAGGUGCGCACACGUCAGCUCGACCGCGAGCGCAAGCUGCUCAUGAGCGAGCUGAAGCCGCAUGUCUUCGAACUGGCGGUUUCACCGUGGGCUGGUCGCGUGGUGCUGGACACAAUGAUGUCCGUCGGCAGCGCACAGCUUGCAGACGCCAUGAAGAAUGUCGCCUUUAUGCGGGCGGAGGAGUGGCUCUCGGACGUCUCCGAGGAGAAGAAGCGCCGCGGCAACGGCGUUGACCCGACACUGCGCAACAUUCUGAAGCGCCAGCGCGAGGAGAUCGACAAGGGUGUGGAGUUCAAGAAGGAUGCGGAGGGGCCUAGCAGCGCCGAAGGGAAGGGCGCACCUGUGCACAAGAAGAAGAAACUCUUCCGCUCCAUGAAGAAGUAG